AUGGAAGGGAAAAGACAAACCUGGAAUCGACUGGAUUGGACUGGACUGUACUGGACUGGUUUGGACUGGACUGGACUGGACUGGACUGGAAUGGCCUGGACUGGACUGGACUGGGCUGAACUGGACUGGAUUCGACUGGACUGGACUGGAUUGGACGUGGCUGGACAACACUGCACUGGACUGGACUUAAUUGGAAUGGACUGGACUGGACAAACCUGGACUCGGCUGGACUGGACUGGACUGUUCUGGCCUGGAUUGGACUGGACUGGACUGGACUGGCCUGGACUGGCCGGGACCGAACUGGACUGGACUGGUCUGGACUGUACGGGAUUGGACUGCACCGGACUGGACUGGACUCGACUGAACUGA